ACGUUUAGACGUCUGGACCUAACCUCAUUUACAAGAAUGGCGUUGUAAUUUGACAAUUGUUUACAAGUAUCCAAAACAAAUUACGAUUAUUUCAAUAAAUCCAUUCCUAAAGUAGCGAAAUCCAAAACGAUGGAUUUGUCGAGCAUAUUGCCGGCCCCCGUGCAACCAGUGUGGGACCGUGACGAUGACCGUAGGGCGAAACUGGCAUCCCAAAAACCAUCAACAGCAUUAGUUAGUGCACAAAGCAUAGCCCCGCCGUACGGGCAGCGACGAGGAUGGGUGCCCCGCAACGUUACAGACUACGGAGACGGGGGCGCGUUCCCUGAAAUCCACGUCGCACAAUACCCCCUCGAGAUGGGUAAAAAGAACAGCAAGGACAGCACUUCAAAUGCCCUAGCUGUGCAACUAGGCCCCGAUGGAAAAGUCAAGUACGACGCCAUAGCCCGACAGGGACAUUCCAAAGACAAAAUCGUGUAUUCCAAGCUCUCAGACUUGUUACCAGUUGAAGUGGUUGAUGAAAAUGACCCAAGUCUCGAAAAGCCCCCACAGGAAGAAGUGGACGACAUAACGGAGCGCACACGUCAAGCCCUAAUGAAAAUAACAAACAGCAAAAUAGCUGCUGCCAUGCCUGUGAGGCACGCCGAGAGACAAGGACCAGCAGAAUUCAUCAGAUACACACCGUCACAGCAAGGUGCUGCCUUCAACUCAGGCGCCAAGCAAAGGGUGAUCAGACUGGUGGAAGCACAGGUCGAUCCCAUGGAGCCGCCCAGGUUUAAAAUCAACAAAAAGAUACCUCGCGGACCGCCUUCUCCGCCCGCCCCAGUCCUGCAUAGUCCCACCAGAAGGGUCACAGUUAAAGAGCAAAAAGAGUGGAAGAUCCCACCUUGCAUAUCUAAUUGGAAGAACGCUAAGGGUUACACUGUUCCGCUAGACAAAAGAUUAGCGGCUGACGGGCGAGGUUUGCAACAGCAACACAUCAACGAGAACUUCGCCAAGUUGGCCGAAGCGUUGUACAUUGCUGACAGGAAAGCCAGGGAAGCCGUAGAAACUAGAGCCCAGUUGGAGAAGAAACUAGCACAAAAAGAGAAGGAGCAGAAGGAGGAGCACUUGAGGCAGCUGGCUCAGAAGGCGAGGGACGAGCGUGCUGGCAUCAAGGUUGCCAACCCGAAUCCCAGAGGCUACGACGAGGAGGAACAGGAGCGUGACAUGCUGAGGCAAGACAGACACAAGGAAAGAGCCAGGGAAAGGAACUUGGCUCGCGCCGCCCCCGACAAGAGGUCCAAACUGCAACGCGAACGUGAGAGGGACAUUUCCGAAAAGAUUGCUCUGGGAAUGCCCGCUCGUGGUGUUUCCUCCAACGAAACGCAGUUCGAUCAAAGACUGUUUGGCCAGGCUCAGGGCUUGGGGCACGGUUAUGGGGACGAUGAGGCGUACAACGUGUACGACAAGCCUUGGAGGGAAGGCGGGUCGAUGGCCAAUCACUUGUAUCGUCCUAGCAAGAAUAUAGAUAAGGAAGUUUAUGGUGGAGAAGAUCUUGAAAAGAUCGUGAAGACCAGUAGGUUCGUGCCGGAUAAGGAGUUCAGCGGGACGGACCGCACAGCUGGAAGAUCUGGACCAGUGCAGUUCGAGAAGGAGGAGGAUCCUUUUGGUCUGGAUCAGUUCUUGAGUCAGGCCAAAAGGGCAAGGGAGCCAGAGAAGAGAGACGACAGCAGGGAUAAGAGGAAGAGGAGAGAUUAAUUGAAUACAUGUUUUAAAAUCGUAAUUUUGGAUAUAUUUGUAUUUUACAUGUUUAAAUAAUUAAUGUAUCUAAUGGAAUACAUUUAAGUAAAUUAAAUUCAUUUAAAUAAUAA